AUGGUAGACAGAGAUCCAGGCACACCGACCUGGAAGUUCACACAAUGCUUCGGCGAUAAAGGCGACGUAGAAGAUAUCACAGAAGCCGAUAUCAUCUCGACUGUUGAAUUCGAUCACACCGGUAAUUACUUGGCUACGGGAGACAAGGGCGGGCGUGUGGUUCUGUUUGAGCGGAACGAGACGAAAAAAACCUGCGAGUAUAAGUUCCAUACCGAGUUCCAAUCCCACGAGCCGGAAUUCGACUAUCUCAAAUCGUUAGAGAUCGAAGAGAAGAUCAACAAGAUAAAAUGGUGUCGGCGACAGAACGCAUCACACUUCCUCCUCUCCACAAACGACAAGACCAUAAAGCUCUGGAAGGUGUUCGACAAGUCUCUGAAAGUGGUUGCCGAGAACAACCUAUCGAAUGAGAUGACACCGGCUGCCGUCGUGGGCGGCGGUAUGCCGCGGGCACCCCGGGGAACGUUCAAGGAUGCCGCAGCCCUCAAGCUCCCACGUCUUACACACCAUGACACCGUCGUCGCCGCCGUCCCACGGAGAACGUACGCGAACGCGCACGCGUACCAUAUAAAUAGCAUCUCAGUGAACAGUGAUGGCGAGACGUUUAUCAGCAGCGAUGAUCUCCGCGUCAACUUGUGGAACCUCAACAUCCAGGACCAGAGCUUCAACAUUGUGGAUAUCAAACCGGCGAAUAUGGAGGAACUCACCGAGGUCAUUACAGCAGCCGAGUUCCACCCGGUCAGCUGUAACUGGUUCAUGUACGCCAGCUCCAAGGGAACUAUCAAGCUUGCCGACAUGCGCCAGCGGGCUCUUUGUGACGAGCAUGCUAAAUUGUUUGAACAAGAAGAGGAUGCUUCCUCGCGCUCCUUCUUUUCCGAGAUCAUUUCCUCUAUCUCUGACGUCCGCUUCUCACACGACGGCCGGUACAUUGUAUCGAGAGACUACCUGACCGUGAAGAUUUGGGAUGUCAACAUGGAACGCCAGCCGGUGAAGACUAUUCCUAUUCACGAGCACCUGCGGCCACGCCUUUGCGAUACGUAUGAGAACGACAGCAUCUUCGACAAGUUCGAGGUGGUUUUCUCCGGCGAUGCCGAGAACGUCAUGACUGGCAGCUAUAACAACAACUUCAUGAUCUACCCAACCGAAGAGCAAAAGGAGACGGAGAUCGUGCUGCAGGCGGACAAGUCGGCUUUUAAGGCGAAGAAGGUCGGUGUGCCUACGCCGAUGAACAAGGGCAGUGGAAAGAAGGCCGGUUCGAGGUCGGGCAGCCCUGCCGGCCCCGGCAGCCGAAUGAAGAAGGAAACCGAUGCCGACCAGAUCGACUUCAACAAGAAGAUCUUGCACAUGAGCUGGCAUCCCUUCGAGGACAGCAUUGCGAUUGCGGCCACGAACAACCUCUUCGUCUUUUCUGCUCUGUAA